GGCCGAGGACAGCGAGCUAAAACUUUUUAUUCUGACAUGUCAGAGCAAUGACUUUUGUGUAAAUAUAACCCUGGGACACGGAUCCCAGCGAGGGAAUAGGGUCUGUGCUGGAAGAAGAGAGAGAAGCGCUGAUUUUUUUCGGGGUGUGGAAAACCGGACGGCGCAUUCACAGUAGACUCCCAACAAGUUUGUCUUUUCCAAAAAAGUAACAGUGGAAGAGUAAAAGUUACAGUAACAACAUGAGCUUGUUGUCUGCUAUAGACACCAGUACCUCAGUGUACCAGCCUGCACAGCUUCUCAACUGGGUUUACCUUUCUUUACAAGACACGCAUCAGACGAGUGCCUUCGAUGCCUUCCGACCCGAGCCCAACUCUUCCCAUCCGGACCUGAACUACAGCAAAACUCCUGCCAAUGACCUGAGCUCCUCUCUCAACUCCAACUAUCUCAACAACUUCUUUCAGCUUCAGAGGAACGAGGCUCUGAAUAAUGGUUUAUACAAAAGCGUGUCCCCGUAUGGCUCUCUUAACAACAUAGUGGAUGGGCUGAACUCUCUAACAGACCACUUCUCUGACCUCUCGCUUUCCUCUGAGCCGCGCAAACCCAGCAAGAGACCUCCACCAAACUACCUGUGCCAUCUCUGCUUCAACAAGGGACACUAUAUCAAAGACUGCCCGCAGGCAAGGCCUAAAGGCGAAGGACUGACUCCAUACCAAGGCAAGAAAAGGUGCUUUGGUGAAUACAAGUGCCCAAAGUGCAAAAGGAAGUGGAUGAGUGGAAACUCUUGGGCCAACAUGGGACAGGAAUGCAUCAAAUGCCAUAUCAAUGUUUAUCCUCAUAAACAGCGUCCUUUAGAGAAACCCGACGGCCUGGACGUUUCCGACCAGAGCAAGGAGCAUCCGCAGCAUCUGUGUGAGAAGUGCAAAGUCCUGGGCUACUACUGCCGCCGCGUGCAAUAAAGAGGAUCCCGAGGUCGUCUAUCCCCCUUUCCCAUCGCUUCGCCUACCAAGCACUCCAAGAUAAAGUGAAAAGUGCCAAAAUAUUCAUGUAAAUAUCUCUAACGCUAGUAAUGGCUUUGUGUAUCAGCCGCAUGCGAGCAUUUAUUGUGUAUAAUGGACAUGUUUGGGACAGUAUUUCUAUCCGUACGGGACGCAGUGGAUUACCUCACCAUUGCGUCCCCUGGUUGUGUGUUUACAGACUCCCUUCAUUCUCCCUGCCAAGUGAACUAUGAGGAUGUGCCGAGUGCUAAAGGUGUCAUGUUAGGUUGCUCAUACAAAGUGUGCCUUUGAAGAGUUUUUUUUGGGUCAAUAGCACAUCAUAUUAACUGUGAAUUAACAGAGGGAUAAUGGACUUUCCAUCCCUGGCUUUUGUGUCACAUAUUUAUUUAUGUUUGUAUAUCGUUUUUUGUAGUGCAAUUGAAUGAACUAAACUGGGAUUAUUUCAUCUGGACAGGAAUUGUCUGACCCCACCUCUUGCCAUUAAAAACUACUGUAGAAUAGAACUUGCUAAUGCUUCGGUUUAGCGCAUCAGGUAGUUUGUGUCUUUCACAUACACAUAGAAAUUGCCAAACACAAGAUUCUUUUUGUGUGAUGUUGGCUCAAUGCAGUCACACAGAGGAUUUGAAUCAAGCUGUUUGGCAUCUAUGCAAAACCAUUGCAGAUUAUGCAGUUUCUUUUGUUGUCGCAUGAAGUGUAUGGAUGAACGAAACAAAGCCAUGACUAGCUGAUCGUCACCGUCCUUUGAAAUGUGAUCACGCAUGUUGCCGGAGAACUGCUUCAAACGUCUUAGAAACCCAGGUUAAGCUGAAGUAUUUUGGUACAAGGGUCAAAAUGUGAGCUUUUCGGUCCGUGUGCUAGCAUAUAAUAACAUAGCCUGUUUUUCACUGAGAUAUUCGCCUCAGGAUAUAGAGUGUGUUUAUAGGCACAUCUUAGAUGAAAUGGUCUACAUGUGUCUUAAAUGAACACUGCUCAAGAAAAUGUCAAAUAGUUAAUUCGCUAUUAUGUAAACAUUUAUUUUUAAAUUCAAAAUUCACUCUUAAAAAUAUAAGGUUUUCCAAAACAACCUUACAGUGAAAAAAAGCAACACUCCACUUUUAAAAAAGGGAACUUUACGCAAUGAUAUUACGCAUCGCUUGAAAAUACUUCUGAAUCAUCUCGCACAAAUGUCCCCAUGGUUGUAAGGCACACUCCCUGUGCAAGCAGACUGUCAUGUUGGUUAUACUGACGCAAACUAGGCGAUUUUCAAGUGUUACGCAAUGUCAUCAAGUUUCAUGAUUAUGAUGAAGAAAGGAGUGUAGAGUCAUAUCGACCUAGAAAAUAGCAACUUUUCAUUUUACGUCAGCCACGAUUUUGUCAUCGGAGAUAAAUUUGGGAAAUCCUAAAAAAUUCCUGAAAUCCUAGACUGAAAUCGGUGAUCUUUGAUCAUUGGUUUGACAUGUUCACUGACAAACACUUAAUGCCUAUUGCCAUCAGAUUUUUCCUGUGAUGAAGUUCUGGCAGUGUCAGAAGAUUUCAGACACUUUCCUGCAGUGUGACAACAACUGCGAUGAUUGUCAAUCCAAGAAUUAAUAGGAGCUCCGUAUUUGAUGAUGCGAUCCAUGCAACAAUUCAAAUGACCGAGGGGAAAUGACAAAACAGUUUUUUUUCUUGUUAUGUUAUUGAGACUCGCCGAGUGCAAAUUUGCCGCUACAGAUUGUUUACAUUUGCUGUGAGGAAUCAUUUCAGAGUGCGGGAUAGUGAAAGUGUCACGGGUGGAUGAUGUCCAACUCCGUGGGUGUUUUCUUUGGUGUUUGAUGCGUCUUCAUUGUCGCUCAGUCUGACUUUAUGACAUGAGAUCUUACAGUGUAACAUGGAAGAUAUGUUCAUGCAGUCUGACAUGCUACAAUCAUUCAGGAUUAUAAAAUAAAAAAUAAAUAUAAAAUAAAAAUUGCAUCGUGUGAGCCGGCCUUUACUGCAUGUAACUACAGAAGAACCAAUCAUAAAAUAGGAAAAUAAUCGAAACUCUUUUGUCAUUUUUGAGUGAGAGGCUAAUGGCCUAAUCCAAUCCAAUUCAUCGGUUUAUGCUAAGCUAAGCUAAGCUAAAAGUGCUCCCUCCAGACCUGGGGAUUGGCUAAAAUAUGUAAAAAACGGUAAAACUCAACUGUUUAACUCGAGGAGAGAUGUAAAAUGAAAAAUAAGUGGAGUGUUCAUCUCAAAAAUCUUUAUAGUAAUUUAAAAAUGUCAUUUAUGUAAAGUGCUGUUUGUAGAUGCCAACAAAUAACCUUAAUUUCAGAGUUUUGAGCUUGACCCUUGCACUAAAUUAAGUUUUAUUAAAGAGAUUUUCCAGUGUUUACACAAUUAUUCUGAUCUUAUUUCAGUAUGAAAUCCUUAAUGUUUAUUGUCUAACCCCCGUAUACGUAUGCUUAAGCAUAACAUGCAUAACUGAUGAAUUCCACCCUGUUUAUACUGUGAUUUUUGGGAAGUGUUUUCUAUCCGAGUGGACAAAUAUAUUGUUGUAAAGGGAAAAGAAGGACAAAGUAAGUAAUCCUGAAGAGAUUUUGAGAAGUAAUAAAACAACACUUUGGGUACAUGUGAUUGGUCAGAAGAUAUUUCGGCUUGACAGAAUUAUGACAGAAGCAUGUUAAUAUUGGAUGGAAGUAUGUGUGCGCAGGAUCUCAUAUAAAUAUAUGUGCCGUUACCUCUCACUAUGGCUCACACACAGUACUAACUGAUCGUAUUUGAGUGUGACCCAGAACUAUUGAACAAUAAAUGUAGCUUUACGUGUUCCAGCGGGAAGUUGUCGGUGGAUUUUGUGAGAAUUGAGGUUGCUUUGUUAAUCCUAGAUGUACAUAUGAAGUUACAUGCAUUUAUACAAUGUGUAUAAUUGUUUACUUAUCUUUGGAGUCCACAUAUUUUGUGUCAAAUUUUAGUUCAUGUUUCAUUUAUUGGGAUAAACUUUGAUAUCUUGAUUGAAGGGAACGCCUUGUGCCUUAACUCGGUUUGUUCAUGAGAUGAUCGAGGAGAUGUUGUGUAUGAUCACGUAUGAGGCAUAAAAAAAAGCCGGUUAGAUGCCUAAAAAUGUAAAUAAGCGAAUUCUGCUUAACUGAACAUUUUUAUUUCAUUAUGGGAAAUUCAAGCAGUACAAACUGCCAGGGAGUCAAUCAUUAGAUCACAGUUAAAUUAAAAACAAAGCUGUUUCUGUAAGUCGCUACUUUGUUCAUUGGACGUCGUCAUUGUUUCUGAGAGCCUUUAUUUCUUGGUAACUGUGUUUUUGCUAACGGUGUUGCUAAUGGCUUCACUCUGCGUACAUUCUUACACGCCAAGGUUUACUUCAGGCCUCAUUUAGGCUGGAAUGAGUUACUCUGCUUUCUGAUAAACACAAUAAUGAAUGGCGUAAUGAAAAUAACCAGCAAAAUAAGUGAUUCCUGCGCAUUCACCUUGACGUUUAUAGCUGGUAGUCUGCACGUUAGGAUUUCCUUGCAUCUUUGGGAUCAAUUUAAACUCAAACGACCGAACGCACCACUAGAUAAAGGCCUCGAUUUGCUUUCCUAAAGCAAAAUUGUUGCAUUGCACUAUUGUAAAAUGACCCAGAGUUUUGUAAAUGUUGAAGUUAGAAUUGCGCAUUUGAGCUUCCCCUGAUUUCUGUCCUAUCAAAUGGAAGACAGAGCUUGUGGUGUUGAAAGUGUACAUGCAUUUAAAACUAUAGAAAGUGCUUUUCGCGCAUGUGAUUUUGUCUUGAAAUACAUAUACUUGACUUUUAUAGCUCACUUUCAAUAUAAACGUGUUAUUUUCUAUUAAAGGUAUGUGUAUUUUGGAAACAAUAUAAUGAUUUUGGAGCAAUUUUAUAUCCAGAAGAGAUUUUUUGUCGCUUUUUGUUUUCCAUUACAAAGAUACUAGUAUGUGUUUUGUGUAUAUAUUCGAUCGCCAUUAUUAUCAAUUUAGUUAUUUCAAAAUUGUUAUGAUGCAAUAUUAAAACUUUGUAUGUGAAAAAGGGCAACUUGCUGAGAUGCAAAAGAGCUGGGAGUUUUUUUCUUUCUUCGAUAUAUCUUCGGUUAUAUCCUACAGAAAUAUUUAUGGAAGGAUUUUGUUCUUUUUUUUAACAAUUCAAUUCUUUUUUGUAUAAAAUAUGCAACAGAAGCUACUCUAUGAAGAAAAUAUUGAUGAUUACAUAGAAUAUUAUUCAAAGGUUGGUACAUAAUUAUUAUGCCCUUACAAGCCAUUUUUAUGUGUGUGUUUUAGUAUAUAGUUGCCUUAGUUAUGAGCAUAUGUGUGCUUUGAUUCAUUGUGUGUCUGUUAUACAGCAUGAAUGUUGUGAUUUGCAUUUAUAGGAAAUCUUUAACGCUCGUUCUAACAUCACAAACAGCUGUUUUUCAUAUAAAAGACUGACUCACACACUGUAAGUCACAGGGCCUUUUUACUGAGGUGUUUUAUACAGUGGCAAAAAGACGUGACUAACUCCAGUCAUUGACCAUAACACUGUAUUGCACGUACAAACGUUUUACAUGGUUGAAAUGUGUUAGUGAAUCAGGCCCAUACUGUAUGAAACUGUGAGCCAUCUCCAGUUACUGCCAAGUCCAGGAAUGAUGUCGAAAUGUUUUUCUUCGUAUGUAAAAAAAUGGAAAGAAAUCCAAGACUAUUUUUCAAAACAAGUGUGUGGGACUGAAGUUUGCAUGUGCAUGUUUUAUUUGUUUAAAUGAAUCAAGAAAUAUAAUUUGUGCAAUGUAUUCUUAUUUAAUAUUAAUACGUUUAAUUCUUGCUAAGGUAUCUUUUGUAGAUUACACUUCUAGAUGUUAGUCAUUAAUAAUGCCUCCGUUCACUCCUAGGAUUUCCAGUACCAUUAAUAGAUUUACUGAAUGUACUGAUUUAACACUCAUUUUUGUAAUGUCUGUAAAAUAUUUGUCGUCAUAUUGGAGUGGACAGAGCAACAGAAAGCCUUGAUGAAGGAAUGUACCAGAAUGUAAGAUGAGAUGAAAUCUGUUGCUCGAUGUCCAUGAAACGGCAUUCCGAUAUGUGCCUUAUUUGUUAGUUAGAAAAACUGAAGACUGUGCUUUUAGAAGUUUGUUCAAUUAAAACAUGACUAAAAGAAA